AUCGAUUACUCGAUGAGUUUUUGCAACCCCGAAAAAGUUGACACAUCGCGCAAAACGCAAAACGUAAAUAAAAAUAGAUAAAAACGUAAAUAAAGUUUCUUCUUCGCAAUUCGCACCUCCUCCGUGAUCCCUCCUGGCGAGAGAAUGUGAGAUUUCUGCUUGUCAUCCACUAAUUAACGAAGUUUUUGCGCGAGAAAGUUCCGUCGCGGUGAACUUUUGCAAAUCGCGAGUGAUUCUUGCCGGCCCAUGGCGACCUUUGUGCGCAAAAUGCGGCGCCUGGGGGCCGUGGAUAGGAGCCUCCUAGCCCACAUGCGGAAGUACCGCUCAGAGAUACCCAAACUCUCACCUCAUGAUGUCAAUCAAAUUCUCCGGGCCAAUGAAUUCACGAAGGACUUUUCCGGUGGCUCCGUUCGAUACUUUGACUCCAACCAGCUGGCCUCCAAUAGCCCCAUGGAGGAUGCAAGGACUGAAGCAAAUUGCCUCUACACCUCAGGACUCCUUGUUGGUGUCUUCGACGGACAUGGGGGCUCUGCUUGCGCACAGGUCUCCUCGAAGAGAAUUCUGCGCUACAUUGCUGCUAGUUUGAUCAAUCCAACAGAUCUGAGACGCCUUUUGGAUGACAAUGCCAAGAGUUUCUCUUUCCUCCAAUGCCACAAUGAUCGUUUGGAGUUUGUUCCGGAAAUUCGUGACAUCUACGAGGAGAGUUUCAGCAAAUUCGCCGGGGAUUUGCUGAGGCGCAAGGGCAGUACCUCCGUAGAGCAAGUUAUGGAGCAGGCUGUGUUGCGUCUGGAUGGGGAUAUGAGUCGGGAGGCAAUUGAGAACACCAGUGUGAGGACACUUGCUGUUGCCAUGAGUGGAGCUGUAGCCUGUGUGGCACACGUUGAUGGUUGUCACCUUCACGUUGCUGGUGUUGGGGAUUGUGGAGCUGUCCUGGGGUCCAUGAAUGACACAACGGGUCAAUGGACAGCUAGGAAGCUCACAACGGAACACAAUGCUCAGAAUGUGGGUGAGGUGCGACGAAUCCUCGCACAGCAUCCACCCAAUGAGAGGGAUACGGUUAUCCGGGUGGAUCGUCUCUUGGGGCAGUUGGCACCAUUGCGAGCCCUCGGAGAUUUCCGGUACAAAUGGCCACGAGAUACGCUGGAGAAAGUGGCAGCUCCGCAGUAUGGGGAGGCUGCUGUACCUCCGCACUACCACACACCGCCAUACCUGACAGCACAGCCGGAGAUUAAGUAUCACCGCCUGGAGCCACGCGAUAAGUUCCUCGUGCUCGCCACGGAUGGACUGUGGGACUGCCUGACACCCCUUCAGGUUGUAAGACUUGUGGGUGAACACAUGAACGGAAAGACUUUUCUUCAGCCACUCGAAUUACCCAAUCGGGACAUCCGUUUGGGUGAACUGUCACAGAUGCUGGCGCAUAGAAAGACGGGAAUACCAAAGAAACCAAUGGAUAAGAACUCUGCCACUCAUUUGAUUAGGAACGCCCUUGGGGGUACGGACUAUGGGAUUGAACACUCAAAGAUUUCGCACAUUCUAUCGCUGCCACCGGAUGUGGUGCGUCUCUUCCGGGACGAUAUAACCGUCACUGUGGUCUACUUUGACUCCGAGUACCUCCAGAGCACUCUCCUGUAAACGCGAGGAUGUGUGCGUGUGGGCUUUAUAGCUGUACCAGUCACUAAAUAAUCUGUACAUAGGACUUUUAGCUUCUUUUUGGGACUACAUUUUGUGUUGUAUUUAUUUGCGCUACGCCUUAAGAAGGGAAAUAAUAAUAAAAGAAAGUGAUUUGACUGCAGAUCUUA